GUACGACUACGAGCCCGGGAAAUCUAGAGCCGAUGAGGAAGAUGUUGCACUUCCACUGAAAACCGUCGCAAAGUGAGUGUCCAUUUCACUUUAGAAAAUGGAGUACCCGCCGUCGGGCCGCCGGACUCUUCGCGGCAAUAAAAGCUCCCCGAAAUCAGACAUUUUCUCCACGUUCAUAGUUCACGAUUCAAACCGGGAACCCGAAUCCAAACCCGAUGACACCACCAACACCAACACCAACACCAACGAUAUCUACGCAACCAUGCUCUACAAAGGAGGAGGAUACCAGAACGACGACAAAAACCGCCAAUACGACGACGAAGAGGAAGACGAGGAUUUCCUUCCUCCACUACUUAAACGCCUUCCCAAAGACUUCGGAGGCGGAGAUCCUCUAGACGACGACGUCGAAGAAGAUGCAGAUUUCGGAACUAUGAUAGUCAAGAAAACCGUACGGAGCCGGCCACCGACGCCAUCAUCAUCGUCAUUUUCAUCAACAGCUUCGAGAAAACCUAAUUAUAAUAGUAAUUUUGGUAAUUUUAAUGGCGAUAGUGAGGGUGAUGAAGAUGAGGACGAGGAAGGGGAAGGCUUCGGUACAUUUGUGGUGAAGUCCGGGACGGUGGUUAAGAAGACAGGUAGACCGGUGGAGUCUGGAUCUACGAUGGGAAGAGCGGUUGCUAGUAUGCAGGCGAUUGGAGACUUAGGGUUUGGGAAGCAGAGGAAAGGAGGAGGAACCGGAUUGGCUUCAUCGUUUCGGGGAGGAGAGGAGGUUAGGUUACAACAGCAGCAUAGUAAAAUGUCGUCUAGUUCGAUUCCGGAUAGUCUUACUAAAGAAGAUCCUACUACUAAGUAUGAAUUGCUUAAUGAACUAGGGAAGGGAUCUUAUGGGGCUGUUUAUAAGGCUAGGGAUUUACGCACUUCAGAGCUUGUUGCUAUUAAAGUUAUAUCAUUAACUGAAGGGGAAGAGGGGUAUGAAGAAAUCCGAGGUGAAAUUGAGAUGUUGCAACAAUGUAAUCAUCCAAAUGUUGUUAGAUAUUUGGGAAGCUAUCAAGGUGAAGACUUUCUAUGGAUAAUUAUGGAGUAUUGUGGUGGUGGUAGUGUCGCUGACUUGAUGAAUGUUGCCGAAGAAUCUUUGGAGGAGUAUCAAAUAGCAUAUAUAUGUAGAGAAGCACUGAAGGGCCUUGCCUAUUUGCAUUCAAUUUUCAAGGUCCAUAGAGAUAUUAAAGGUGGUAAUAUUUUAUUAACUGAACAAGGGGAGGUCAAAUUGGGUGAUUUUGGGGUUGCAGCACAGCUUACAAGGACUAUGUCAAAGCGCAAUACGUUCAUUGGCACUCCUCAUUGGAUGGCUCCAGAAGUUAUUCAGGAAAGCCGUUAUGAUGGGAAGGUGGAUGUAUGGGCUCUUGGGGUUUCUGCAAUUGAAAUGGCCGAGGGGCUUCCUCCAAGAUCAACGGUGCAUCCUAUGAGGGUUUUGUUCAUGAUUUCUAUUGAGCCUGCUCCAAUGCUUGAGGAUAAAGAAAAAUGGUCUCUUGUGUUUCAUGAUUUUGUUGCAAAAUGCCUUACAAAGGAACCUCGUUCACGUCCAACUGCAUCUGAGAUGCUGAAGCACAAGUUUAUCGAAAAAUGCAAGUAUGGAGCCUCAUCGAUGUUGCCAAAGAUAGAAAAGGCCAGGCAAAUUAGGACCUCAAUGGCUUUGCAAGCACAAAAUGCUGUUUCAGAAGAAUCUGAAUCGCCAGAGUACCCAAAACUGAAUGAGGAUUAUGGAGAUACUGUUCCAUCAAAGAGACCUCAGAUGGCAGAUGAAAUACCUAAAUCUGCAGGUGGUGAGAAUUUAGCCGGAGAAGUGGAAUUUGGAACUGUUAUAAUUCAUGGUGGAGAGGAGACAGAUUCAGCCUCCCAGAAUGAUUUUCAUAGUGCUAGUGAGCCCAUGCGGGAUUUAGGAAAUCAUGAAAGGCCUUCAGUUAGUGGCACAGAAGGCAAAUCAACCCACUCCUGGGUGGAUAAGCCGAGUGUUGUUGCCGCAAACGACACUUUGAUUGGAGAAUCACAUCCUGCAUUACAGACGAUACGGACGUUUCCUCCACUACCCGGUUCUUCUUCUCAAAAUCUAAAGAAGAGCAGCACACUUAAAUCAGAUGUUGGAAGGACUGGGGGUCUGGGAAAUUCCACUUUGAAGAAUGAAACUGUCAGCAAAAAGGCUUUCGCACUACAGGACAAGCUUUGGUCCAUAUAUGCAGCUGGAAACACCGUUCCUAUUCCAUUCUUGAAGGCAACAGAUAUAUCCCCUAUUGCUCUCUUGUCAGAUAAUGUGAUUGGAAGUAUGCAGCGGGACAAUAUUGAAGCAGGGGAAGUGCUUCAAGAGCUUUUUAGCGGGGAUGGAUCAUCUAGAAAGGGCCGACGGUUACAAAACGAGAUGCCGCUUCCUGCAAGUGUUUACAAAAGACUGACUUCAAGCUCCACGUUACUGAAUCUGGCACAGGCUUUGGCCUAUCAUAAAACGUGUUAUGAAGAGAUGCCACUCCAAGAGUUGCAAGCAACGCAAGAGCAACAGACCAUUCAAAACCUUUCAGAUACACUUCGAACUAUCCUCCGCUUGUAAGUAGUCGGAAUGCUAACAGAGGAUUUAUUUUUUUAGAAAAUUGAGGUUACAACUCGUAAUCUCAGUGUUUAACGAUUGAAAGCUAAAGUUCAUUGUUUGGCUAACUGUUUCUCUGUAUAUAUGUAUUCAAAAUUUUGUGCAAGUUGUAAGUUGUAUAAAUUAAGGGGUUAUUUUCAAUGGUUUAGCUGCUCGGAGAAAGAAAAUCUGAACCAAA